UUAAAUGAAACAAUUCUUUAAUAAUAUAUACACUUUUAGUUUAAAAUAUAUAGUAUACUAACUGAUUUAAAUAGUUCCAGCUUAAUUUUAAAUUCCAGAUACGUGUCAACUAUGUAUUGGUUAUUCAACAUAUUCACAUUAAUACUGAUUAUUCAAACAUAUGCUGAUGAUAACAACGAAAAAUGUAGUUUAAAACAAUCAAAAUUGGCAUUAGAAAAGUGCAUGGCGUUGUAUAAAAUUUCAAUUGAAAAAGAAAUAUUAAAAGCUAAUUUGGAAAAAUUAUCAUGCUUACUUCUUAAAAUGGAGAGAAACCAAGAAGCUAUAACAUUAACAAGAUUAGAAAUAAUCAAUGUUGUCUGUAAAAAUACACUUAGUAACAUUAAUUAUGAAGAAUGCGCACCUUUGAUGAAUGAAUGUAGUCACACAUUUUAUGAUAUAAUAAUAAAUUAUGCUAAUUAUGACUACGAUGAAAUAUUAUUGAAUAGACGUGGUAAUAUAACAAAUAAAGAAGGCAAAUUAUUACAGAGAUGUGAAGAAAAAGUUGAUCUAACAAAAGAGGAAAUGAAUAUUAAUACAUUAUUUGAUAAACGUAAAAAGCUAAGUAAAUGUUUGAACAAAAAUUCAUAUUUACGAAAAAACGAUGUAUAUGACGAUUUGAUUCAAGAUAUGUCAAAAUAUAUAUGUUUAAUAUUAAAAUCAGAAAACAAAGAACAAGCCAAAAAUUAUGUACAAAAUGGAAUAUUUUAUAAUAUAUUUAAAAUUGAUCAAUCGCAAAUAAAGUUUGAAGACCGUUACCUUAACAGUAGUAAAAUGCAAAUAAAUAAAUGUGUCAAGCUUUUUUUGCAGGAUUUAUUGGGUAUUCAUGAAUUCUAUUUUCGACCUAUGAAUUAUUUUGUAGAUGAUCUAGGUGAUAUAUUUAACUCACGAGAAGAAAAAGUUUUGAGCUGUCAACAAUAAAAACUUUAAAUAAAAAAUGUACAGGGAACUUAUUAAUUUACCGUAAAUAAAUUAUAACUUUUAAAACCAGAAAAA